CCACCCUGCCCUCCCCGUCCGCCAAGCUCAUUCUUUGCUGACCCCGAACGCCUUCCAAUUUCUUGGACGGCUGGUGGACAACCCGUGGCUGCUCCUCCUGUCGGGGGGAAUCAGAUUCGGGUCUUGAAAGAGGAUCCAAAGGCUGAUGCGCCGGCGCUCACGCUCGCCAGUCCCGUCCGCCACACUAUGAGGAAAGUCUCGAAUGGUACUUUAUGAUUGUCUUGGACGCCGCACUAUGAGGAAAGUCCCGUCCGCCGCACUAUGAGGAAAGUCAUGCUCAUCUGCUCUGCUCGUUUAAUUACUUUAUGAUUGUCUUGUGCAGUUAACAGUGGGUAGGAAGUUGGAUAAACUGGAUGAUGUGAGUCUAAAACUGGAGUACCCUCCAGACAAACUUUGUGCUAACUGGUUUUUUAAGCACUAUGAGGAAAGUCUCGAAUGGUACUUUGAUCUUGAACGCUGCCAGGACGCUUCCUUUGAUAACUACCAGCGGCUAGUGCUUCACAAUCGUCGAUAUGUAGAUUGGGAUUACUACAUCUCUAUUGUUAACACCUAUGAACAAGACCUAGCAUAUGUACAGUACUUUGAAGAAGUAGCAAAACAGACCAAGUGGAUUGAAGAUUAUCUGCGAGACAGCACGAUUCAGUGGAAAAGAAUUGAAGGUGCGGUUUUUAUGCAAGCACUGGAGAUUGCAGCAGACUUUCCCAAUGUUUCCCCACUUUUAGUUACCUACGGUUUCCCUGAGUAUAUCUGUAGCAUUAGGUAUGAUUAUGCUCGCAAGGGAUUGGAUGAUCUCUAUUUUGAGAUUUGGAAGCGGGUUGCUAAAGGAAAAAUGAGUUCCAAAGAAGCUUUGUUCGAAAUACAAAAGAAAGACAUGAUUCCCUUGCGCAGAGUUGAAAUUAAAAAUGAGCUUGAAAAUGUUCCAUACAGAUACCCUAUAAAAGAACGUUAUGAUGCUUACGUGGCUGGCAUUGACAAAAUGACUCCAGAAGAUAAAGCUCGUCAGUUGAUCAGAGAGGCUGUUGUAAAAAUUAAUUCAUCAAAACCGAAGUACCUUUUCGAUUAUGCCAAGAGAAAGGUGGACAUUGCAAAAGAAAUUGCUUUGAUUUCCCAAGGAAGGAGAUGAGGGGUUGCUCCACAGGGCAAGGGAGGCAAUGGCCAAGAAAAGGCAGAAACGGAUGACUCAAAUAAAAUGCAGCUGUCAGAAAGAAAUUGUGGCUUUAUUUAGUCUUAAGAAAUAGGUUACGGUUUUUUUAUCCCGUAUAAUGGUUUAUAUUCUACUGAGAUGUCCACUAUCCAGCGUAUCCUUGUGAGAUCUACAGUGGUUGAUGCAUCAGACAAGGGCGUAGUACUUCUGUCCUAAGUUAUGGGAGUUAGGGGAAAUGUUUUCAGGUCAACCAUUUGGGACUCAAUAACAGCUAAACAUGCUGGUGCCCAAGGCCGAAAGAGUGGGUGCUGGCCUGCUGGCAUAUGAAGGAUUAUUAUGAGUUCUUAGCGGCAUUGUAAGGAAAUUCCUCAGGUUUUAACUUUUUGUACCCUGUUUCGUUGGUUGCAAAUCUCCGUGUGUAAUUAAAACCAUAUGAGACUAGGACUAGUCCUAGUCCUUUUCGAUCCAGGGUUGUUUUGCUUCUUCCUUUUAUUAAUAUACUAGCUCCAUGCUUUCGUGUCAAA